GCUGCAAUAAGCGUUGAUUACCUUCCUACCUAGGUAGACAAUAAUCGCGUUAUACUGAUCAAUUUUUUUUAGCCUCGUUAAUUGAUAAGUUCUAGUGUAUAGUAGCUGGAAUAUUUGUAAGGCAACAGGGGUACACUGGCUGCCUGUUACUCCACCAUUUCUUGGAUCUAGUCAACUUCAUUCUUCCUUCAAAUCUCCAACAUUAACAACUCUUCAGGCCUUGAAUAUUAAUGCGAAGAUGUCUACAGAGCGCGGGACGUUUCUAGGCCUACCUCCCGACGUAAGGCAACGAAUUUAUCUUCAUGUCGGGGUCAGCGCAGGGAGGCCUAUUUACAUUAUGCCCCGAGGGCCGAGGACUCUCCCCUCACGCCGUUAUUUCACGAGAAAAUUAUUAUACCUUUGUAAAUUAAUCCACUCGGAGAUCAUAUAUUUUAUCUGCUCGCGGAAUAGACUCAUUGUCCAUGAGAAAGCCAUGGAAUUUGGUCUGAGGUUUCUCCGAAGACUCCCACCACGAACCUGCUACGAAUUAUCGCAUCUUCACGUCCAACUAUAUUCACGUUCUAUCCGGGGUCCCAUCGAGAACCCGAAACCCAACGACGAACAGAUUAUGAUGUGGCAGGAAGCUGCCACGCAUGUCCUAUCCCACACGAAACCACAAAAACUAAGGUUACGUCUGGUGUGUGAUACGGGCGAGGACAAGGAACUAACGUCUGCAAUCCUUAAGCCCCUACUGGAUUUUCCAGGAAUCCUCGGAGAGUUCGAAGUUCGAAUACAUUCUAGGAGAAAUACCCAAUUUUGUAUUCUAGCUCGGGAGAUCUACACCCAAGUCAUGUGUCCCGACGUAGUUCGACCCUUCAACUUUACGAAGCUACCGCCAGAGGUUAGGCGAAACAUAUUGACAUAUACCGACCUAGUCGCGCCCAGUUGUCAGGUUCAAUGGAGCGCAUCAGCAGGGUUCUAUAUCGACUUUUCCCAGAACUACUGUGAAAAUGGGCGAGAAAUCGAGCAACUCUUAUAUGGCUGUCAAUUCCGACGCUGUAAAGUGCGGAAUGACUAUGCUAACACGCCAUCCCCUUGUUCCUUCGAUCACAGCGGGUAUUCACCGCAUUGCAGGUGCUGGAUGCCGCCGCAGUCCCUCAUGUUCGUCAGUCGACAGAUGUAUGAGGAGGCGAGCGAUGUUUUCUACUCGUGUAAUCGCAUCGUCGCCCUUCCAUAUGGGUCCUGCUUUGAGCCUGACCUAUAUACGUUACCUCUUUCACCACGCCUAGAUAUAUCGGUGUUUAUAACUAGAUUCAUGUGGCCGGAAAUACUAUGUCGGCUGCGCUAUCUUGAGAUCCUAUUCCCGCCAUUGGGCGAAAAUCUUACCGUCGAAGAACCGAUUCCGGCAUAUUCAGAUUGGAUUUCGGCAGUUGACCAUCUGAAAAAAUAUGCCAACUUUGAUGGUCUAACAAUUGUAGCUCAUAUCAGAUUCCCUAACCAUAUGGAAAAACUUCGAAAAAGCGCCAAUUGGUUCGAAAGCGGUACUGUAGAUAUCAUCAAUGCGCAUGCCAACCUGUUAGCACCGCUACGCGCUUUGCGGCAGAUGAGUCGCUUCUUCGUUCGUCUGGAGCAUCCAUAUCGUUGGACAGGCGCAACAUACGGGAGCCUGAUACACUGCCAGAAGUUGCCACGACGCCGCUGUACGAGCUGCCAGUAUGACGACUUGGAGGUAUGGUUGGAAAAAUUUGUUAUGGGGGGUGAGUAUGAUAGCGCUGCGGUGGGAAAGGCUGAAGAUGUACCAAGCGAAUGGGUAGCUAAUGACUGGUCUAUCCGGGAAGAGAAUAUCAAUAUCGACGAAUGGACUGAAGAGUAAAAAUCUAUAUUUCCAAUAAAUAAAUUCGUUUUCUGA